AUUUACAUGUAACUCCAAGACAAUAUCUCUUACUUUCGUACCUCCGUCAACCGCUGGCUAAUGGCAGCAGCAAAUCCAAACUCAAAACAGCCGACCGUCUGCGUCACCGGAGCCAACGGCUUCAUCGGUUCAUGGCUCAUCCGAACUCUCCUAGAGCAGGGCUACACAACCAUUCACGCCUGCAUAUACCCGGGUUCAGAUGCCACCCAUCUUUUCUCUCUUCCCGGCGCCACCGAUCCACAUGUACAGCUGGUGAUCCACGAAGCAGAUGUCUUGGAUUCCGAUGCCGUGUGGAGGGCUGUGGAGGGCUGUCAGGGGGUCUUCCACUUAGCUUCUCCCUGUACACUCGAGCACAUCAAGGACCCACAUAACGACCUAGUGCUGCCGGCCGUGCAGGGCACCCUCAACGUGCUAGACGCUGCCAGAAGGGCCAAGGUCAGGCGGGUUGUGCUCACGUCGUCAAUCGGGGCCAUUGUACCGAACCCCAAUUGGGAUGCUAACAGGCCCUUUGACGAGUCAUCUUGGACAGAUCUUGACUACUGCAAGGCUCAACAGAAAUGGUAUCCUGUGUCAAAGACGCUGGCCGAGAAAGCAGCAUGGGAUUAUGCAGAGAAGCAUGGAAUGGAUGUGGUGGCCAUCAAUCCAGCCACAUGCCUGGGACCACUCUUGCAACCUAGCUUGAAUGCGAGCUGUGCAGUGUUGCUGCAGCUGCUGCAAGGUUCCAAAGAUACUCACGAGUAUCAAUGGGUGGGAGCCGUGCACGUUAGAGACGUGGCCAAGGCACACCUAUUGUUAUUUGAAUCUCCUGUGGCUUCUGGCCGCCACCUCUGCACCAAUGGCAUCUAUCAGUUUGGUGAUUUUGCAAAGCUAGUCUCCAAACUCUUCCCCGAAUUUCCUGUCCACAGGUUCACAGGGGAAACUCAACCUGGCCUGAUUGCUUGCGAAAAUGCAGCCAAGAAAUUAAUUGAUCUGGGGCUAGUUUUUACUCCAGUUGAAGAUGUUGUCAGGGAGACGGUAGAGAGCCUGAGAGCUAAAGGCUUCGUGGGGCAGCAUACAUUACAAUCUUAAUCUCUCUCUGUCUCGCUCUUAAUUAUUAUUACUCUUACAAUUUUACAAUCUGUUAUGUUAAUUAGCUGUCAGUAAGUAUGAAUGGAGUAAGGGGUUUGUCUUUCUCAGUCAUCUGUUUUGAUGAUGCGUACUCUUUCUUUUAUAUGGUGCAAGUGCAACUUUAAUCCUGUAUGUGGUUAUCAACUACCAGUUUGGGAUCAAAUUCGACUGUAUUAUAAAUAAAUGAAUGAGUACAAUUUAGGCGAGUUAUCUUUCAUGCAAGACUGGAUGAAUGGAGCUGUCAUUUACCAAGAUACAUCUACAAAGAGGCAGUGGCAAUUUGGGAGCUGUCAGUUUGUAUCUGCAAAGGGCACGUGAUUGGGGACCUCUGGACAUAUAAGGGUGUUUUAUUAAGUAGGACCAAUGUUGUUACCUUUAACCAGGCAAAGGUUAUGUUAUCUAUUGAGUU